AUGGGCAUACAAGAAAUUUUAAUGAGUGAUAAUACAAUAGAAGUUGAUUCCUAUAAAAAUAUUUAUGCUAAUGAUAAAUUUGAACAGAAAAAAAAACAAAAGAAUAAUUAUAAACAACCUUUUUCAUCAUUAUCAUUAACUUUUGAUAAUAUACCAAUUACAUUUAACAACAUAUUUCCACCAAAUAUCUUAAAAUAUUAUACAAAAGGAAAAAUAAUAUUAAUUGGAACAGGGCAUUUUUUAGAACAAAGUAAAAAUGAUGUACGAGAAGUUAUCAAUUCAACAAUCCCUGAUGGUAUUUUUGUUGAAUUGUGCCGUUCCCGUAUUGGUAUUUUAAAUAUAAAUGAAAAAAUUGUUUUUGAGAAUACAUUAAAUCCACUUGAAUUAAUAUAUAAUUCAAUUAAGCAAGAGGGAUUAACAAGAGGUUUAGUGUCAGCUAUUUUAAUUAGUUAUUCAAAUGAAUUAAUGAAAAAAAGUAAUUGUUGUCCAGGAGGAGAGUUUCGAAUUGCAUUUAAUGAAAGUAAAAAAAUUAAAAAUUCUAUUUUUGGUUUUUGUGAUAGAAAUAUUGAAAUAACAUUAAAUCGUCUUUGUACAAAUUUAACAUUUAUUGAAAAACUAAGACUAUUAAAAAAUUAUUUAUUAUUUAAUAUAAAUAAUGAUAUGGAAGAAAAAUUAUUUGAUAAUUCAUCAUUAUAUCAUAAUUUAAGUGAUUUUACCUCAUUAUUAUGGAAAAAUUUUCCAACAUUUAAAAAAAUUAUGGUAGAUGAAAGAGAUCAAUAUAUGGCUACCAUUCUCCUUCAAAAGUAUAAUGAAAUUUUUGAAGAAAAAGCUAAAAUUGCAUUAGAUAAAAAAAAGAAUAUGGAAGUUGUUAAAAUUGUUGCUGUUGUUGGAUAUGGACAUAUAUUUGGUAUAAAAAAAUAUUUUGGUAAAGAAUAUGAUAUUGAUAAUUUAAAUUCUAUAUAUAUAAAAAACAAUAAAACCACAAAAUCAUUACACAUUGCCAUUCUCAUUUCUAUAAUUGGUGGGGUAAUUUUAAGUGGGUAUUAUAUUUUAAAUAAAUAA